GAUGACGAGCGCAUGCUGGUGGAGCCUGCCUGCGGUGCCUCCCUGGCUGCCGUGUACUCAGGCAUCCUGAGUAGGCUGCAGGCCCAGGGCCACCUGAACCUUGCGGGGGCCCCUGUUGUGGUCAUCGUGUGUGGAGGCAACAACAUCAAUAGCCAGCAUCUCAAGGACCUGAAAACCCAGCUGGGUUGCACUUAAGAAUCUCAGUAGUCUUUCCCUCCUCCUUCAUAUAGACUUCCUGGAUUGUUCCCGGAGCUUCUCUGUAGUUUAGUGAAUAAAUCUGCCUGAGCUGA